CGGCUAACAGCUAGCGGAGCUGCGAGCGGACUGCGCCAAAAAAAGAAAACCCUUCGAAUCGCUCCAAGUAUUCAACAAGUAUCGCGUUUUUAGCAGCACCUCGUUUAUGCAGCGCACAGCAGAAAGCUGGCAAAUCACCGACGAUGCGGAAAAGUCCGACGCAGGAAGGAGAAAAGCAUCAGUAGCGCCGCGGUGAGAACCCGUCCAGCACAUUGGUCCAUGACUGCUGGACCUUUGGGCUCUGGGCUCAACUAGCAUGAAGAUGGCUGACUCAGAGAAGGCAGAAGAACUUCUUGAUGUUGAAUGCCCCCACGAGUGCCUUGACGAUGCACAAUCGGCCACUGUCCAAGAGGAGCAGGACGAGCACCUGAAGACGGAGACGACCACCAGCACCAGCUCUCCGCCCAGGGAGAAGGAGGCCGACAGCCCGCUGGGCACAGAGGGCGAGCAGAGCCUCCUCUCCAUGCCAUGCCUGAUGGAGGAGCUUCGCCGAGACUCCCAGGAGUCUCAGCACGCGUCCACGGGAAGUGACAAGCCCGCGUCUCGCCACGUCUAUGAGAGUGACUCUUCCAACCCCUACAUGCUGUCCCCCUCGUCCAGUGGCCACCUGGCCGACUCGGACACUUUAUCCUCGGGGGAAGAAGCUGCCGCUGCUCCUGCGGGGGAAGAGGACAACAUGGAGGCCGCCAACGACCCCGGGCAGGCGGCGGGGACGCAGAUGUCCGCCGCGGCCUCGGGGGGCAGGAAGUCCCGGCGGUCCCGUUCAGAAAGCGAGAUGCCUCCUAAUGCAAAGGCCGCAAAGAAGAACCGCAGCCAGCCCGCGGUGGUGGCAGCAGGGGGGCAAGAAAAACAAACCAAUGGCAAGCCGGGGAAGGUGAAAGGUCACCGGAGCCAGAAACACAAGGAGCGCAUGCGUCUUCUGAGGCAGAAGCGCGAGGCGGCAGCACGGAAGAAGUACAACCUGCUGCAGGACAGCAGUACGAGCGACAGUGAGCUGACGUGCGACUCCAGCACCAGCUCGUCCGACGACGAGGAUGACGACACUUCAGGAGGUAGCAAGACAAUCAAGACAGAUAUUCCAGCUGGCUUCAGACGUGCGUCGGAGAGAUCCAGAGCGGGAGCCCAGAUUCACGGGCUGCUGGACAGCGGCUCGUGGGACAGGAACGGCAUCGGCGGCGUUCUGGAGGAGGCCAUGACGCGCUUUGCCGUGAUGCAGCGCCAGACCGAGGAGCGCUUCCGCGUCUGGAUGGAAAAGCUGGCGCACCUCGACUCGGACAACGACUCGUCCAAGCGCUCCAGCGACGCCCCGGAGGGCCGGCAGCCGUCCCGGGGGGCGCGGCCGUCCCCGCCCAGCUCCUUCUUGCCGUCGUCCGAGUCUGCAGAGACCAUGGCGUCCUACAUGCUGGCUCGGGAGAGCAACAGUCUCACCCCCGCCCCCAUGAACAACAACAUCCUGCCUGAAGCCGUCACUCAGAACGGAAACCUGGGCGCCCCAGACCCCGGCCUGCUCAACGCUUAGUGGCAGACUGAACGCUCGCCCGGUGGGGGAGUAGUCGCUGCAGGGAGUGUGUGUUACCAGGUAAACGAUGUGUGGCCACCGAGCAGAAACACGACCAACAGCAGCCGGGCCCGAGGCCCAGGUCCACCACCUGCUGGCUCUGAGGCUCCUCUGGACCGGGUGCAGAGCCCAGGUCCACCACCUGCUGGCUCUGAGGCUCCUCUGGACCGGGUGCAGAGCCCAGGUCCACCACCUGCUGGCUCUGAAUCACUGUGAGACUAGACUGUCACAAUAAAUCAGCUCACCUGUUUGGUUGGACUCAGACAGGACUCAGCCACACAGCGUGCAGUCAGGGCUCCGAUUGUUCUGCUUAUUGUAUGGCUUGUUUGUUUUUCUUUACCAGCCACACACACACACACACACACACACACACUCACACACACACGAGAGCGAGCCUGACUACUUCAUUCAGGCCCCGUUUACACGGCCAUGAUUUCAAGUGAAAGCUGGUCUUGGGUGUCUGUUUACAUGACGAUAAUGCUCAGAGCCUGAAAAUGCAACUUUGUGAACGUGUCUGAAGGAGAAACCUUUGAAGAAGCUCUGUCGAUAAAACGGGGAAAACUAAUUCUUUGAAAUGCUCAGAGUCUGUUUGUGGAACUGGAAAAAAAUUCCAUUUCUCCCAAACAGUCCUACUGCACAUGGCGCCCCCUGCUGGAGGAAGCAGGAGCUCUGCUCAUGCUCAGUCCUGGUCCCAGUCGAGAUUCUCCUGGUUCUGGUCCCAGUCCGGAUCCUCCUGGACUUGGCAGUUUUGGAGCUGCCAGUGGUGGUCUGGUGUUGUGCUCAUAGGAAGGUGUGUGUUCUCCUUUGUUAAUGUGUUAAUGUGUGGUCUGUUGUCUGUGUGGCUUCAGCACCAACACACAGUCCAACAUGCUAACUACUGGAGCUGGUCCCGAAUAUUUGAAAAUGUGGACGCUAUGAUGACAUUGGGCAAAUAAUUUUGCGAUCUGAGUAUCA